UAAGUAAACUAGUCACUCUCACUGAAAGGAUAAAGAACAAAGUGGAGAUAUUCCUUCUCAGAUUGAGGAUUACGUUUGCCUGGUUAUUCAUACUCACUGGCAGCGAAGAUGGAAUCUCGGUGUUCGCCUUUGCCCUGUGUCUUCAGUUUCGUGAUGUUCAGUCUUUGCAGUCUUACGCUGGCAGCUAACAAUUAUAACUGUGAUGAUCCGCUGGUGUCAGCAUUGCCUCAGACGUCCUUCCAAAGCUCCUCCGAGCUCUCCAGCAGCCACUCUCCACGCUUUGCUAAGCUCAAUAGAAGAGAGGGUUUUGGAGGCUGGUCUCCACUGGACUCAGACAAGUACCAGUGGCUGCAGAUUGACCUGCGGGACAGAGUGGAGAUCACAGCAAUAGCCACACAGGGACGCUACAGCAGCUCGGACUGGGUCAUUAGCUAUCUGCUGCUGUUCAGCGACACAGGGAAGGGCUGGAAACAGUACAGGCAGGAAGACAGCAUCUGGGCUUUUCCAGGGAACAGCAAUGCGGACGUUGUCGUGCAUCAAAAGCUCCAGCACUCCAUCAGGACACGAUUUCUGCGCUUUGUGCCUCUGGACUGGAAUCGUAGUGGUCGGAUUGGGAUGAGGGUGGAAGCCUAUGGCUGUGUGUACAAAUCAGACGUGGCAGACUUUAAUGGCAGGAGCUCCCUGCUGUACCGGUUCAACCAGAAAUCCAUGAGUACAUUGAAAGAUGUCAUCUCCCUGAAGUUUAAAAGCAUGCAGAGCGAUGGAGUUCUGGUGCAUGGAGAAGGGCAGAGAGGAGACUACAUCACCCUAGAGCUGCACCAUGGCAAACUCGCCCUGCACAUCAAUCUGGAUGAUGCUAAACUCCGAUCCAGCAGCAGCAGCCAUGUGUCAGUGUCCCUGGGCAGUCUCCUGGAUGACCAGCAUUGGCACUCUGUCCUGAUCGAGCGUUUUAACAAACAGCUGAACUUCACCGUAGAUAAGCACACGCAGCACUUCCACACCAAGGGGGACUGCGACUCGCUGGAUAUUGAUUACGAGCUCAGCUUCGGUGGUAUCCCACUUCCAGGCAAACCAGGGACUUUCCUGAGGAAGAAUUUCCACGGCUGCAUUGAAAACCUUUACUAUAACGGAGUGAACAUCAUCGAUCUGGCUAAGAGACGCAAGCCUCAGAUCUAUACCGUGGGUAAUGUCACCUUCUCCUGCUCAGACCCUCAGAUGGUUCCUGUGACGUUCCUCAGCUCCACCAGUAGCUACCUGCUGUUGCCGGUCGCUUCCCAAGCGGACGGCCUUACGCUUCGCUUCCAGUUCCGCACCUGGAACCGGGACGGGCUCCUGCUCUCGGCACAGCUUUUACAUGAGCCGGAGCGCUUACUGCUCUACCUCAGCAACGGAAAAAUGAACUUUGCCCACCAGAAAUCCCUGCUGGAGAAAACAGAAAUGACAACAGGUCAUGGUCUCAAUGAUGGGCUGUGGCACACUGUGAGCCUCAGCACUCGAGGACUGCAAGUCUCCCUUACAUUGGACAACAAUGCCACCUCCACCAUGGAGGCCAACAUGCAGAUCCACUCUGGAGACAACUAUUUCUUUGGAGGAUGCCCUUCUACCGUGAACAACUUUGGCUGCAAAAACCCAACGCUCGCUUUCCAAGGCUGCAUGCGUCUCAUAUUCAUCAACAACCAGCCAGUGAAUCUUAUCCAAGUGCAGCAAGGCCUGCUUGGGAAUCACAGUGACCUGAUAAUUGACCUUUGUGGCAUCAGAGACAGAUGCUUGCCAGAUGACUGUGAGCACGGGGGCCAGUGUUCCCAGUCCUGGAGCACCUUUUACUGUGACUGUUCAGGAACAGGCUACACUGGAGCCACCUGCCAUAACUCAAUCUACGAGCCCUCAUGUGAAGCUUACAGACUCACAGGGAGCAGGUCAGGUUACUUUUCCAUUGACUCAGAUGGGAGUGGUCCAUUGGGUCCCACCCUGGUCUACUGCAAUAUGACAGAUGAUAAAGUGUGGACUACAAUGCACCACAACAACAUGGAGCUGACCAGGGUCCAGGGUUCGAGCUUGGAGAAGCCGUAUUCCAUACAGUUCAACUACAGCACCAGCCGAGAGCAGCUGCAGGCCAUGGUGAGCGGGGCGGAACACUGCGAGCAGGAGAUCCUCUACCGCUGCAAGAGGUCCCGGCUGCUCAACACGCGCGAUGGCACUCCCUUCUCUUGGUGGGUGAGCCGGACCAGUGAGAGACAAACCUAUUGGAGCGGUUCGUUGCCUGGGGUCCAGCAGUGCUCCUGUGGACUGAAUGAGAACUGCAUAGACAUGAACUAUUUCUGCAACUGUGAUGCUGACAGAGAAGAAUGGGCUAAUGAUACAGGCCUCCUGUCCUACAAAGAACACUUACCUGUGAAUCAGAUGGUGAUUGGAGACACAAGCAGAACUGGCUCAGAAGCAGUGUACAGAGUAGGGCCUCUGCGUUGCUAUGGUGACAGGAACUAUUGGAAUGCAGCCUCCUUUAACAUGGAGACCUCUUACCUCCACUUCCCUACGGUCCACGCAGAACUCAGUGCCGACAUCUCCUUCUACUUUAAAACUACAGCCGAGUCCGGAGUCUUUCUGGAAAACAUGGGGAUCAAAGACUUCAUACGCAUUGAAUUAAGUUCUCCGUCUGACGUCACCUUCUCCUUUGACGUGGGGAACGGGCCUAUCGAGCUCACAGUUAAAUCCCCCACCCCUCUGAAUGACAAGCAGUGGCACUACGUCAAAGCAGAGCGCAACACCAAGGAGGCGUGGCUCCAGGUCGACCACUUACCAAUCAGGUUCCUGGAGGCUCUGCCUGACAGACACUUCCGUCUGCAGCUCAACAGCCAGCUGUUUGUAGGAGGUACAGCAUCAAGGCAGAAGGGGUUUCUGGGUUGUGUUCGUUCCUUGAUGUUGAACGGCUUGACCCUUGACCUUGAGGAACGGGCGAAGAUGACUCCAGGAGUCCAGCCAGGCUGCCCUGGUCACUGCAGCGGUUAUGGCAGUUUCUGCCACAAUGGAGGAAAGUGCAUUGAAAAAUACAACGGCUUCUACUGUGACUGCAUUCACUCUGCCUAUAGGGGACCCCUCUGUAAGAAAGAGGUUUCUUUGCUCUUUGAAGCUGGCUCCUCAGUGACCUACACCUUCCAGGAUCCUCUCUCAGUCAGUAGCAAUGAAAGCAACCUGUCUUCUGCCAUCUAUGCUGAGAUAAGCAAGUCCCGGGAAAACAUUGCAUUCAGCUUCCUCACAACAAGCACUCCGGCCAUGCUGUUAUCUGUCACCACUUACUAUCACAAGUAUAUGGCUGUCAUGUUGUCUAAAAAUGGGAGCUUGCAGAUCUGGUACAGACUAAACACAGAGAAAGAGCCAGAUGUCUUCUCCACCAGCAUCACCAACCUGGUUAACGGACAACUUCACAAAGUCAGAAUCAACAGAGAUGGAAGGGAUGUCUAUGUGCAGAUUGACCAGAAGGUAAACACAAAAUACAGCCUUACCUCAGACACUGAGUUUAAUUCUAUCAAAUCUCUGACUCUGGGCAAAGUCACAGACAGUCCCGGUUUGGAUGAGGAGGUCAGAGUGGCGGGGGCACAGGGCUUCAUUGGCUGCCUCUCCUCAGUCCAGUACAAUCACAUUGCUCCUCUGAAGGCGGCCCUGCACCAUCACAGAAGCUCUGUUGUUACAGUGAAGGGGCGUCUGGUGGAAUCCAGCUGUGGUUCCACAAGCAUGGCUGACCUGAACACUUUCACAACAACGCACUCCCUGUCAGAUCAUUUAGAAAAAAACAACAAUGAGAGGGAACCACUGGCAACACAAAGUGACUCGGUUGUCAUCGGAGGUAUCAUUGCUGUGGUGAUAUUUAUCACUGUCUGUGUCACUGCAAUAAUAACGAGGUUCCUCUACCAACACAGAAAGGGCCAUCGGACCGGCACUGAAAAAGACAAGGAGCACCGAGAGAACCUGGAGUACUCCUUGAGGAACCACACUGAUCUCCAUGACUCAGUCAGCGAAAGCAAGAAAGAGUAUUUCAUCUGAGCCUUUUAUUUUCGGUUCCCUGAUUGAUUGCCUGCCUGUGAUGAGAUGCAUGGCCCUGUCUGAUAAGGAGUGAGUUGGCCCCUUAGAAUGACUGCCUUCUCUCCACAAGAACUACCAACUGGACAAGUCUGUUUAAACUGAACUUUUCAUUUCUAUUGGGAGAUAAAAGAGCGACAUGAGUAGUAGACUUUUUACCAAGGGGUUUUUUUUUCAUUAGUUUCAUGCAGAAAAUAAAAUGGUUGAGACUUUAAAAGGCUUAUCUUGAUAGAGGAGCAGGAAGUGAAAUCAAUAUAGCCACAAUGGAAUAUAUUGAGGCCGAAGGGGACUGCUCUGCUAGGGAGAUGUGAACUAUGUUUUUUAUUUUUAGUGUGGGAAGUCUGCAGGAUUCAAAUCAAAGUUGUAGUGCUGUCUUUCUCAAUACAGAUGGCUUUACUUUCAAAAUGAUAUUAUAUACUUAUAACUAAACAGCUUCUUCACUCUUGGAAUUAUUUAUUGUAAGUUUUAAAUCCUUGAAUUUACUGUGCAUAACUUCUGGUUUGAGGGAGCUGACUUGAUAAACUGACACUUUUUUAAAUCUAAAAUGUUUUUCUUGAUAUUUUAUCUGGUUGUCCAAAUGCUCUGCAGAUGUUUGCACUGUAGUCCAUGAUGUACAGUGCUUUGUGAUGUCUUGGCAUGAAUAGCGCACUAUACAUUUUACUGUUACUGUUGUUUCAAUAUUUCACUCUUCUGCAAAACGCUCCUGAGAUACAGUUGGAGAACAAGUAGUUAAAAUAGCCAAAGAGGGACAAGCUAUGUCUCGAGAAAGGCCCUAUACAGUAGACUUUUAUUCAAUAGUAAUUGACCACUUAUGGCCAGCUCUUAAUUCAGACCAAUGGUUGUAAAGAAAUUCCACAUAGAUGGUUCAUACAUGAAAUAAACCUUAUAGCAAGCACAUUUUAGCACUUUGAUACUUACAUAUCAAUCACCUGACCAAAUACUUUACAUACUAACUAUAUCUAAUAUUAGCCUUAUUAACAGUCCCCUGCUUGCUAAAACAAGGAGCAUGCCACAACACACAGUUAAAGAGUAAAAGACAGGGCAGGCAACAUAUGACAGGAUCUGUGAUAACUUUUUCUUUACUCUUAUAUUAGCUAUUUUUCUGCUGGGAAGGUGGCAGGGGAAAUGUCUGUUCCUUCAGAAGUGCAGUAUCAGCAGAAAUUGAGUGUGCAGAAUAAAGCAGAAAUGAGGGAACUGUUUUAACCAUUGAAAUACUUAUAAGGUAGUUAGGGUUAAAACCAACAAAAGUAAUUGAUAUCAGUGCUUUUUGUAGUACCGCUUUGUCAAGCUACCUUUUGUAACUGCAGAAAAUUGGUGGGUUGGUUUAACUUUUGGAUUAAUUCGAAACGGAUUGAAUCCAUUAAGUAUGUUCUUGUCUUGAAUCACACUGACACCUGGUUUUUGAAAGGUAAAAAACAUUUAUAUUAUAAACUUAGCCUGAAACAACUUAGUUGCAGGUAUCAUAAUUUUAUAAUGUAUACGUUCUAUGUUUCAUAACCUUCAAAAUGGGGUACCCAAUGACUUAAGUUGUAUAUGAAUCAUUUAGGAUGCUGAUGUAGGUAUAGUGCACAAACUUAGCCAGACAGUAAACAUUAUUUACAAUUAAAAUGUAACAUGAAUAAAUAAAGGGUGUGACCUUGGGCUGCCAUAACCUGAGCCUCACCGUGAUCAACCGUACAAUUGAUUGUAUUGCUAUGUAUGUAUUUAUUGAUGUAUUUGUAUUCUUUUUCUAUCGCACUAAUGUAGCCCCCUUCUCCAGCUUAAAAAAAUACACUUUUGUAUGAAAUAUUGUGCCUGGUCAUGCUCGAUAUUAUUGUCUAUUGUGAUGUAUUUGAAGUAAUGGACAUUCACCUUAACUUCAAUGGAUUUAGGCAAUAGGUUAGACCAAGAUCACUGGGCAUUGUAGAAUUUGUUAAGACCUAUCCCUGUCGCUUCAGAGCGAAGAUUGAAUUGAAAACUGCAGACUGGCUAUCUACCCAUUUAAUACAUUAUUAUUACAAAAAAAUAAUGAAACAAGAAGACCUAUGAAUUAAAUCAAUAAGGAAGGAACUGGCUGAAUGUAUUUGAAGGUCCUUACAAUUCAGUGUGCUUGUGAGCUACCCAUUUCAAUCACACUGUCACUGGGUAGGUCAAUGCGGAAAAUACUUCAAAAUAUGCCAGCACAGUAGAGUUUAUGUGAUUGGAUCCAAACUAUGCUUUUUUUAUCCUGAAUCUGAGUUUUCCCAAAUCUGAACAGAAUAUGACAAAACUAACAUGUUAAAAGAAAUGUUCUAGUAUUUGUUACGAAACCUUACUGCUCAAUCUGAAGUAUAGGCUAUUCCCCAAUAAUUAAUAUAUAAGGUGAUUAAUAAACAACGCACCAUGUGAAAAAACACAUUACAGAACAUGUUUGAGUUGAGCACCACCAUUGGUCUGGCACAAAAUAUCACAGCUACACAGGACACUGUGUAUGACUUGGCUUUGGUCUUUAUGGAUACUCUUCAUGGAAGGCUUUUGUUAUCUUGAGUACUUUCCCCAUGACUUGAACCCUAAUCUACAUGUUCACUAACAUUGUGUUCCUCUCUACUGUGACUGUACUUGAAGACUUAUAAUGAAAAAGACAUGUUCUGUAAUGGUUCUGUGAUUUUUUAAAAAUCUCCAUGUAUACUGUAAAAUAGUGAUUUAUGCUGUCACUGACAUAAUUCAUUUCAUUUUGUCUACUUGGAAAUAAUAACUACC